CGGAGACUCUCGGAGUUAUCCCCCAAAACUGCUCGUUCAAGUCGGCCGUCAAUGGCACCGCCCUAGAUGGCCGUCAACCCCUCGAGCAGCCCACCCUCGCUGGGGUGCCACUCGGCGGCGCACCGAGCGCAGGGCGCGGUGGGCUGUGCAGGCCUUGAGCCUGGCCACGGCGUCGUUGAUGAAGAAUAUGAGGAUCCUGACGGGCCUCUCCCUUGGUGA